AUGAGUCGUUCCUCCCCGGAANAUGGGGUGGAGAUUUCUGCAAAUUCUCUUCAUCCUGGAGCAAUUACCACCAAUCUUUUCUGUCAUACUCCAAUAAACGGUAUAAUUAAUGUUAUUGGUAGACUCGUUUUUAAAAACGUCCCGCAGGGAGCAGCAACAACAUGCUAUGUAGCAUUACACCCACAAGUGAAGGGAGUUAGCGGCAAGUAUUUUUCAGAGAGUAAUGUUGCCCAACCAACCUCACUUGGGACUGAUGCUGAUUUGGCCAAGAAACUUUGGGAUUUCAGCUUGAAAUUGACCAAGUAA